CCCAAUCAAGGCUCUUGGAAGUUUCAUGCAUGUGAUUUAAAAACUGAAACAUUGCAAGCAGAUCGGAUUGUUGUUUUGACAAUUCAGUGAUUUGAAGAUCAAUAUGAAUGUAUUCUGAAUGCACUGCUCUUAAAGGAUUUCUUAGAUUUGGGAUAAAGAUUCGACUAUUCUGGAUUUUACGAUCGCGAUCCAACCAGUAAUCGAACGCUCCUUUUAACAUGUUAUAAUCAUAUGUUAUCGUAACCUGCAGUUUUGCAGAUGGUGUUUAAUUUGUGAAGAUUUCAUUUUGACAGCAAGACACAAUGGCAUUUAUUGCUCAAUCUGGUAAAACUAUACAAGACUUGAAUGAUUGUAUCGCUGAAUUGAAAAGACAUUUUUAUGAGACCAAAGUGCCGAUUGAUGAUGACAAUGUGACUCUUCAUCGCUUUGAAGAAAAAAUAGAAUCAUUAUUACUAUUAGGUUUGAAAGAUAAACCUGGUCUACUUGGAGCGAAAAAAUCAUAUUGGGAUUAUAUUUGUGCUUGUUUUUCUCAUUCAAAACGAAGUCACGAAGGAAUUAAAUUUGUAAAAUCCUUAUCUGAAUUAAAAACUUCUCUUGGGAAAGGAAGAGCUUUUAUCAGAUUUUGUUUGAUGCAGAAGUGUCUUGCUGAUACUUUGCAAGCAUGUCUUAUGUCUGAAAAGAUUACUAGAGACUACUAUCCAGAAAAAUCUUUUCAUGCUCAAAAGAAGCUAUGGUCUCCAUUUUUAACAUCUGUGUAUGAUCUGAAUGAUUUGAACUUCGACCUUACAGCUCGGCACAUGGAGCUAGAUGUUUCUUGGCCUUCAUUUGCAAGGAAACAUUUUGUUGCUCAUGAAAAUAAUACAUUGCUUGAUAGAAAACACAGUUCAUCUAGUCUGUUUAGUUUUUCAUCACAGAAUGAGAGUAUACUUUAUGGUGACGGAUCUGAUGCUGCAUCACUUCAAGAGAAAGAUGAUGAUACUCUGUCAGUUUCAGUGGCAAGAGUGGAAUCAAUUGCUAAACUGAAGUCUAGUUGUAAUAUACUGUUUGAAAAUAAGUUGUCGUGGAAAAAACGCAAGCACUUGAGACGAUCAGCUUCUGACUGUUGUUUAUUUGGUGUUGGUAAUGAAUAUUCUAAAGAAAAAGUUCGUAAAUAUUCUAGUCUUUCAGAUGUUAGUUUUGUUUCUCCAAAUGUAUGUGUUUCUACAUUAUGUUUUGCAGAUCAUGAAGAAAAUAAGCGAAGAGAAAUAUCAAAUGAUGUUCAUUUUAUGUCUGAAAGUUGUGUGAGUUCAAAACAUGCUUCUACAAAUCAAAGUUUCAUUGCGAGUAACUGUGAUGAAUCUAACAUUGUUGCUGCUAGAAGUCUUUUUCCUGAAACUACAUAUAAUGCUUUACUUGAAAUGAAGAAACUUAUUGAUUCUGUACCGAGUUUUUUGAAAGAAUCAAAUUUAAGUUCAUAUUUUUCUCAUUUAAAAACUGUUAGGAAUUCAUUAGAAAAUGCUCUUUUGUGUGACUUUUAUCAUUUUAAUGAAAAUAAGAGCUCUUCUGAAAAAAAAUAUAUCAGUUUAGAAACUUUUGCAUCUCACCAAUGUAUGAUAAUAUCUCGUUUGUUAGAAAAGAUAAAUUCAUCAUUAGAUUCAAAUAAAAAUUUACAUGCAAACAUGCUCAAAUUAUAUAAUUUGCUUCGGUCUUAUGGUUUUCUCAAAAUGUAUGACGAGAGAAAAUCUAAUGUUAUUUCAUCUCUUACAGAUAUUGACUUAUCAUUUGAAAAUUUUUGCAAUUCUUUGUAUCCUGAGACAAGUUCAAACGAUUCAUCUUGUUCCAUUUUAAAUACAUUUAAAGACUCUCUAAGCAAGUUAAGUGAUCUUAAUGCAAAAAUUAAUGAGCUACAAAUUGGUUUGGACUCAACAACAGAGUUAAAUAAUAAUUUAAUAUCUAAAGUUCAAGCUCAUGGACUGCAUUUGAGAGGUAUAACAAGAGAAAUUGAAGAAGCUCAGCAUCUUGUUUCAGUCCUAAAAGAGCAGCAUAAAAAGCUUCAGUCAACAGAAGGUAUUUUGAAGUAUGAUUUACAAGAAAAAAGGAAAUUGUUAACGGUGUUAAAAAAGCAGCUUGAAACUACUAGAGAAGACUGGAAUCUUGUUAGAAUAAAGAAUUCUAAAUCUGAAGUUGAAUGGAAAAAUUUAAGAAAAGAGUUUGUUCUUAGACAUAAGCAAACAAGUGAAGAAAGUGGAUUUGAUGAUGACAAAAGCAUUGAUGAGCAAAAUAAUUUGCGGACAAAUUCACUAAUUGAAAUUAGUUCUGUUGAAGAGAAUGACAAGGUACUUUUGCCAGACUGUGACAGUAAAAACUUAUUUGAUCCUCCCACUAAGAAAAGUCGUUUAGAAAUUUUAGAGGAACAGUGCCAGCUUUUAUACUCAAAUCUUUUACAAGGCUCUAAAAAAAGAGAAGAUAUUGAUAAUCGAUUAGAAGCCAUGUGUAAAACUAUUGGCAAAACUGAAACUACAUGUGAUUCUAAUUGCUUUUCAAGUCUGAACCAUUGUGAGGAUGUAGAUGAGGCUUUAGUAGAUAGUUCAGGUGAAGAAAUAAGUGAAGAUAUUAUUGAUUCUGAUAAUUUUACGAACAGCCCUGUUUUUUCUUCCAACAUUGGAAGUUUAAAUUCAGAUUCUAGUUCAUUUAUAGCUUCUGUUUCUGUGAGAGGAAUAGAAAAAAGUGAAGACUUUCCAAUUGAUAAAUGUUCUUCUGCAUUGGAUUGCAUAGAAGGAUACAAAAGUAAACAUCCAUCACCUGAGGAAAUUAAUUUGGAAUCUGAUACCGAUAAUGAAGUUUUGUGUGCAUUUGAUCAGGAGAGUUACAUUCCUCUUUCAGAAGCUGCAUAUAGUUCCACUAACUUAUUGUUGUCUGAUACUGAGAAUAACAACCUAGAAGAUUUGUCUAAGUCCUUGACUGAAGUAGAUUCAUUGAUAAUUCGAAAGAAAGAUUUGGAAAAAAGUAUCAAGCAUCUCAAAAUACAAGAUAGAGACUUGAAUUCUGAUGAAAAUAGUGUCUCAUUGGCUUCACCUGACUUUCAAGAACAUAUUAUCAGUUUAGAACAAGAAAAAAGCAUUUUACAACAGAAAGUUGAAGAAUUAGAAAAGAAAGUUCUUAUAAUUUCUACUGAAUUAGAUAAUACCUCUCAGCAAUUAUUAUUAAUUAAAGCUUCUAGAGAAAAUGAAGUAGCAGCUCUUCAAUUUCAACUCAACACUGAAGCACUGAAAUAUGAAAGAGCUUUAAAAGAGUUUCGUGAACAAAAUGCUGGAUUAGAAAAUAUGAAGCAAAAAGUUACUGAUCAAGAGCAACUGAUUCUUGCCCUAGAGGAAGCAUUGACAGAAAUCCGCACAGAGCGUGAGAAUGAAAGGGAGCACCAAUGGGAAGAACUUCAGGAUCUUCAGACAUCUCUUGAAUCACGAGAUGAAGAAUGUACAGCUUUAUGUGAAGAUCUUGAAAAGUCCAUUGCACAUAUUGAAGAAGAACGCUCUAAGAAUGAUCUUCUAUUAGCUCAGUUGGAAGAUUUGAAAUCAUAUAAUGAAAGAGAUAAAAUCACUUUGGAAUCUGAAAUUAUUCAUUUGCAAAAUGAUUCAAGGCAACUUCAAAAAAGAGUAGUGAAGCUGUUAAAAGAAAAAGAUAUGUUGUGGAAAAAAAGUGAUCAAUUGGCUUUUAUGCAAAAGGCAAAGAUAUCAGAUCGAUGGAUGAAUAACCAUGAAACAAAUAGUUGCUUAGGCUGUAAAAGCUAUUUCUCAUUCAUGCUUAGAAAGCAUCACUGUCGGCAUUGUGGAAGAAUUUUUUGUUAUUCCUGUUCAAAUAAUUGGCUGUUUUCUGCAUCAAGCAGUAAACAAGUUAGAGUAUGCAAUGAAUGCUAUAAGUUGUACUUGGAAAUGAAAAAUGAUGCACAGAGAGGUAGUGAUGUACCUCAGAUCGAAGAUGAUAGUGAAGAUGAAGCUAGGAUUCAGGACGUGUUCUUUAAUCCAGUAUGCAGCAGUAGUUUUAAUUCUGAUGAGCAAUUGAGCAUUGCUGAAAGCAUUGUGUCAUUACCUGUAAGGGAAAUCAUUAACCCUCAAAAAAGAACUCCAAUAUUUGCAAGUGCUCCUGAUUUGCAAUAUGUAUUAACACAGGAUGCGGCAACAACACAAAAUGGAUACAAACUUGUCACCUUCCCGUUUAGACGACAACACUCCAUUCCACCUAGCAAAUGUGCCUAA